AUGGGAAGUGCGGCAAGCUCAGAAAGUAAGAAAUUAGCCAGGAGAUCUAAGGAACUGGAAAAGAAAAUCCAAGAAGAUGCAAAGAAAGAUGCCAGGACUGUGAAGCUGCUCCUGCUGGGUGCUGGUGAAUCGGGUAAAAGCACAAUAGUCAAACAGAUGAAAAUUAUUCAUAAAGAUGGCUAUACAGAUCAGGAAUGUAUGGAAUUUAAAACUAUCAUUUAUAGUAACAUAUUACAGUCCAUGUUGGCAAUUGUUCGGGCAAUGUCCUUACUCGGAAUCAGCUACCAAGAUCCAGCCAGGAAAGCUGAUGCGCAGCACCUUUUUAAUCUGGCUGAUUCAGUAGAGGAAGGGAGUUUGCCAACAGAACUUGUAGAAAUCAUUGAUCGGCUUUGGAAUGAUCCAGGAAUUCAGGCUUGCUUUGAGAGAGCGUCAGAGUAUCAGCUCAAUGAUUCUGCCUCAUACUACCUCAAUUCUUUGGACAGACUUACAGCUCCUCAGUAUGUCCCAUCAGAACAAGAUGUCUUACGAUCAAGAGUAAAGACAACAGGAAUCAUUGAGACCCAGUUUACAUUCAAGGAUUUACAUUUCAGAAUGAUUGAUGUUGGAGGACAAAGGUCAGAGAGGAAGAAAUGGAUUCACUGCUUCGAAGGAGUUACAUGUAUUAUUUUUUGUGCUGCUUUGAGUGCAUACGACAUGGUGUUGAUUGAAGAUGAGGAAGUGAACCGAAUGCAUGAAAGCCUGCAACUUUUCAACAGCAUCUGCAAUCACACAUAUUUUUCCACCACUUCCAUUGUGCUGUUUCUCAACAAAAAAGAUCUCUUUGAAGAAAAGGUGAAAAAGGUUCACCUCAGGAUCUGCUUUCCAGAAUACACUGGCUCCAACACAUUUGAAGAUGCUGGAAAUUACAUCAAGACUCAAUACCUGGAUCUCAACCUGCGACAAGAUAGUAAAGAGAUUUACUCACAUAUGACUUGUGCUACAGACACACAAAAUGUUAAGUUUGUGUUUGAUGCAGUAGUAGAUAUAAUUAUCAAGGAAAAUCUGAAGGGCUGUGGUCUCUUCUGA